AUAUAAUUAAUGACAGUGUGGGUGAUCUUUUACGAAUUGAUUUAUGUUUUUAUAAAUGCCAAGCGCGUUUGUUCCAUAAUGAUAUCGUAACACAAGUAAUUUUCCGAGUUGCAACAAUUCAGCACAUGCAAAUGUUGUCUUCGCGCAUCGUUGGGAGUGCUGUCGGCUUCGUAUCCCGUGGUAUCCCGACGGUCCGCCAUUACGAUCAUUUUACGGCGUGUCGCCGCAUCGCUGACUUUUCUUCAAGCGCAGGCUGGGACACGAUUAGUAAACUCUAGUCGCUGCUAAUUAUGGCCCGAAGCCGCAAGGAUAGUACAGGCAAAAGCGACUCGGAAGCCACAGACAAGGAAAAUAAGAAAGAAAGAGGAAGAGAAAGGGAACGUAAAAAGAGAGCAGCUUCUUCGUCCAGUAGCGGUAGCAGUUCAUCUGAUAGCAGUUCUGGAUCAUCAAGCUCCAGCAGUGGGAGUAGCUCCAGAUCAAGCUCUACUUCUAGUAGUUCAUCCAGUAGUUCGGGUAGCUCCUCAGGUAGUUCCAGAGACAGAGGACGAAAACGUAGCCGUAGCAAAAGUGUUGAUGCAUCAAGAAGACAUGAAAAUAAAGAGAAAGAAAGGGAUAAAGAUAGGGAAAGAGAGAGGGAUCGAGAUAGGGACAGAGAACGAGAUCGGGAAAAAGAGAAGAAGAAGGGAAGCAAUUCUGUUCCUGACAAACCUAAACCUAAAGGACGUUCCAGAUCUCCUUCUCCACGUAGAAAGCGCAGGGAACGUUCGCCAAUUCCCAGACCGACGAAAAUACAUAUCGGCCAUUUGACUCGAAAUGUUACAAAGGAACACGUCACAGAAAUAUUUGCGGCUUACGGCCAAAUAAAAAUGGUGGACUUUGCGAUGGAUAAACUUCAUCCAAAUCAGGGCAGGGGAUUUGCCUACGUUGAAUUCGAAACUGCGGAUGAGGCUGAAAAUGCCAUGAAACACAUGGACGGAGGGCAAAUAGAUGGCCAGGAAAUUACAGCCGCGCCAGUACUAUUGCCGAAACCACGACCAUUACCGAUGCGACGCAUGUCACCCGGGAUGGGUAGGCGUGCGCCUCCACGAUGGGCAGGUGGUGGUGGUGGUGGUGGUAGGAACACACCGCCGCGUUACCGCAGACGCUCGCCGCCUAUGAAUCGUCGUAGGAGUCCCCGACCGCCCCGACGCAGGAUAAGGACUCGAUCGCGAAGUCCACAGGGAAAUCCGCGGCAUCGACACCGUCGUUACACAAGAUCGAGCUCGAGCAGCUCGCGAUAACGUACUUCUUGCUUUGUACAUACAGGUUAUAUUGAAUGUAACGAUUGCAUGUGUCGGUAACUGUUGGCUGAUUGUGCGCGUCUGUAUUCAUGAAAAUAUGUAAUGAUUUUUUGUCUGAAUAGUCCAGUAUGUGUUUGCACACCGAUAGACCAUCACUUAUAAAAAUAUCACUAUUUUUACGUUCUUGUCGAUACAGAUUCAACUAUUCGCAAGUUAGCACAAUAUACUUAAAAUAUAUUAAUUUCACAAGA